GUACGGUAAAUGCCAAUGGAGAAACAAAACGUCAGAGGACAUCAUACACGAGGUACCAGACAUUGGAGUUGGAGAAGGAAUUCCACUUCAACCGCUACCUGACCAGAAGACGAAGAAUUGAGAUCGCCCACGCCCUGUGUCUCACGGAGCGGCAGAUCAAGAUUUGGUUCCAGAACAGACGCAUGAAGUGGAAGAAGGAACACAAGAUGGCCAGUAUGAAUAUCGUUCCAUACCACAUGUCACAUAUGUCACCUUAUGGCCAUCCCGUUCAUCAGUUUGGACCUCCACCUCAUCACCAAUUUGCACACCUUACCACAUAA